AGAGAGAGAGAGGGAGGGAGAGAAAGAGAGCGGGACAGAGAGAGAGAGAGAGACAGAGGGAAAGAAAGAGAGAGAGAGGGAGAGAGAGAGAGAGGCAGAGAGAGAGAGGGAGAGAAGGAGAGAGGCAGAGAGAGAGAGGCAGAGAGAGAGAGAGAGAGAGAGGGAGGGAGGGAGAGUUAGCCUUGAGCAGCCAGGGUCGGCAGUCGGUCGGUAUGUAGCGGCGGCGGAGCGACUGCUCGGGAUUUACAAAGACGGGAGGACAAAACGCUCCUUGGACAUAAAAUACAUCACCGGCGGGAAUUAAAGGACAGGACAAAGCAGAUGACACGCGCACCGCGCGCCUGAAGGACACCGACUGAACACGCCGUUAUCUCGCUGAUUUUUUUUACCGUUUUUCCACUAAAAAUGGCGAACGAGUCGCCGGCCAAAAGUCUGGUGGAUAUAGACCUGGCAUCCCUGCGGGAUCCUGCUGGGAUAUUCGAGUUGGUGGAAGUGGUCGGAAAUGGAACCUAUGGACAAGUCUACAAGGGCCGGCACGUCAAGACGGGACAGCUGGCCGCCAUCAAGGUCAUGGACGUCACAGAGGACGAAGAGGAGGAGAUCAAGCUGGAAAUCAACAUGCUGAAGAAGUACUCCCACCACAGAAACAUCGCCACCUACUACGGCGCCUUCAUCAAGAAGAGUCCGCCGGGCCACGACGACCAGCUGUGGCUGGUGAUGGAGUUCUGCGGCGCUGGGUCCAUCACGGAUCUAGUGAAGAACACCAAAGGCAACACGCUGAAGGAGGACUGGAUCGCCUACAUCUCCAGAGAGAUCCUCCGGGGACUGGCUCACCUGCACGCCCAUCACGUCAUCCACCGAGACAUCAAGGGACAGAACGUGCUGCUGACUGAGAACGCUGAGGUCAAGCUGGUGGACUUUGGCGUGAGCGCCCAGCUGGACCGGACGGUGGGGCGGAGGAACACCUUCAUCGGGACGCCGUACUGGAUGGCCCCCGAGGUCAUCGCCUGCGACGAGAACCCGGACGCCACCUACGACUACCGGAGUGACCUCUGGUCCUGUGGAAUCACGGCCAUUGAGAUGGCAGAGGGAGCUCCCCCUCUGUGCGACAUGCAUCCAAUGAGAGCCCUCUUCCUCAUCCCCAGGAACCCCCCCCCUCGACUCAAGUCCAAAAAGUGGUCCAAGAAGUUCUUCAGCUUCAUCGAGGGCUGCCUGGUGAAGAACUACACCCAGCGCCCCCCCACCGAGCAGCUGCUGAAGCACCCGUACAUCCGGGACCAGCCCAACGAGAGGCAGGUCCGCAUCCAGCUCAAAGACCACAUCGACCGCACCAAGAAGAAGAGGGGCGAGAAGGAUGAGACGGAGUACGAGUACAGCGGCAGUGAGGAAGAGGAGGAGGAAGCCUCUGAGCAGGAAGGAGAGCCGAGCUCCAUCGUCAACGUGCCGGGCGAGUCGACGCUGCGCCGCGACUUCAUCCGGCUGCAGCAGGAGAACAAGGAGCGCUCGGAGGCGCUGCGCCGCCAGCAGCUCCUGCAGGAGCAGCAGCUCCGCGAGCAGGAGGAGUACAAGAGGCAGCUGCUGGCCGAGAGGCAGAAGCGCAUCGAGCAGCAGAAGGAGCAGCGGCGGCGGCUGGAGGAGCAACAACGGCGUGAGCGCGAGAUGAGACGCCAGCAGGAGCGCGAGCAGCGCCGGCGCGAGCAGGAGGAGAAGAGGCGGGUGGAGGAGAUGGAGCGGCGCCGCAAAGAGGAGGAGGAGCGGCGGAGAGCGGAGGAGGAGAAGAGGAGGGCCGACAGGGAGCAGGAGUACAUCCGCCGUCAGCUGGAGGAGGAGCAGAGGCACCUCGAGAUUCUGCAGCAGCAGCUGCUCCACGAGCAGGCCAUGCUGCUGGAGUACAAAUGGCGGGAGCUUGAGGAGCAGCGGCAAGCCCAGAAGCUCCAGAUUCAGCUUCAGCAGGAGCAGGCCCACCUGCUGCUCCUCCAGAACCAGAACCAGGGUAGUAACAGACCCGAACCCCCCCAGAGCGCUCCCCGGGACGUAAAGGCCGACCCUCAAGGAGCUGACCUCACAGGCUCCGCCCCAGCCUCCGCCUCUGAGCCAAUCAGAGAGGCGGACGAGCGGUACCGGAAGAACAUCCAGGGUUCUCCUCAGGCGGCGCCCACCAAACCGCAGCUGCCACCAGUGCCGCCGCGCUCCGAGUCCUCCUCCCACCCCAAUGGGAACCCGGCCUCCGAGGUGGCGCCCGCAGUGCACCGGCCUGUGGAACCGCAGGUUCCCGUAAGGACCACGUCAAGGUCCCCAGUGUUGUCGAGGCGGGGCUCGCCUCAUCACCACGGCAACGCCACACACGGCAGCCAUGCCGUGCACCGCCCCGUCGCCAGCGCGGCCGAGCCUCGGCUGCUGUGGGAGCGAGUGGAGAAACUGGUUCCCAGGCCCACCAGUAACAGCGGAGGCUCCAGUUCCUCCAGCAACUCCAGCAACUCCGGCUCCGGGGAGCGCUUCAGGGCCCGCUCCGCCUCCAAAUCCGAGGGCUCGCCCCUCCAACGGCCCGAGAGCGCUGGGAAAAAGCCCGAGGAGAGGCGGGACCUGGUCCGGCCGAACAGACCAGCGGACCUGACGGCUUUGGCCAAGGAGCUGCGAGCCGUGGAUGACGUCCGCCCCCCCAACAAGGUGACGGAUUACUCCUCCUCCAGCGACGACUCGGACACCACCGACGAAGACGACGACGAAGAGGUCGACCAGGAGGCCGGGGAGGAGUCGACCUCCGGCCCCGAGGACUCCAGAGCCGUCUCCUCCCGUCUGAGUAACGGAGAGACGGAGUCGGUGAAAACCAUGAUCGUGCACGACGAGGGCGAGAGCGACGCCGGCUCCACGCCGUGCAAAGACAGCACGCUGAUCGUCAGACAGAGUGCAGGUGACAGCAGAAAGCGUCCGGGCCGGGGCCCGGGCCAAGCUCCGCCCCCCCCCGGCCCGGGGCUCAGCCACCACGCCCCCAGCCCCCACCAUCAUCACCACCACCACCACCAUCAUCACCCCACACAGCACUCGGAGAGGAACGGCCGAAUCCACCACCUCCCAGACCUGAUCCAGCAGAGCCACCAUUCCUCCCCCCCCUCCUCCUCCGCAUCCACCUCCCCUUCCUCCCCCAGCCUCGCCAGCCCCUCCUCCAUGUCCCCCCAGAGCCCCCUGGAAACGCUCAGCCUCCUCAUAGAGAGCCAGUCUAGUAACAACAUGCAGAAGCACAAGUCCUCCUCCUCUUUCACGCCGUUCAUCGACCCCCGCCUCCUGCAGGUGUCUCCGUCCGCCGGCGCCCUCAACAACAUUGGCUACGGGAACGACGCCCGGCUGGCCGAGGCGCUGAGGGCCGACCCGUCCCGGAAGGGCUCCGUGGUCAACGUGAACCCGGUGAACACGCGGCCGCAGAGCGACACGCCGGAGAUCCGCAAGUACAAGAAGAGGUUCAACUCUGAGAUCCUGUGCGCCGCGCUGUGGGGCGUGAACCUCUUGGUGGGGACGGAGAGCGGUCUGAUGCUGUUGGAUCGCAGCGGUCAGGGGAAGGUUUAUCCUCUGAUCAGCCGACGGCGCUUCCAGCAGAUGGACGUCUUGGAGGGACUCAACGUCCUGGUCACUAUAUCGGGUAAGAAGAACAAGCUGCGCGUGUACUACCUGUCCUGGCUGAGGAACAAGAUCCUGCACAACGACCCCGAGGUGGAGAAGAAGCAGGGCUGGACCACGGUGGGAGACCUGGAGGGCUGCGUCCACUACAACGUCGUGAAAUAUGAGCGGAUCAAGUUCUUGGUUCUGGCUCUGAAGCACUCGGUGGAGGUCUACGCCUGGGCCCCGAAGCCCUACCACAAGUUCAUGGCCUUCAAGUCUUUCGGCGACCUGGUGCACAAGCCGCUGCUGGUUGACUUGACCGUGGAGGAGGGCCAGAGGUUAAAGGUCAUCUACGGCUCGGCCUCGGGCUUCCACGCCGUGGACGUGGACUCCGGGGCCGUCUACGACAUCUACUUGCCGACACACAUCCAGACGCACAUCCAGUCCCACGCCAUCAUCAUCCUGCCCAACACCGACGGCAUCGAGCUGCUGGUGUGCUACGAGGACGAGGGCGUCUACGUCAACACGUACGGACGCAUCACCAAGGACGUGGUGCUGCAGUGGGGGGAGAUGCCCACCUCAGUGGCCUACAUCCGCUCCAACCAGAUCAUGGGAUGGGGGGAGAAGGCCAUCGAGAUCCGCUCAGUGGAGACCGGCCACCUGGACGGCGUCUUCAUGCACAAGAGGGCCCAGAGACUCAAGUUCCUCUGUGAGAGGAACGACAAGGUGUUCUUUGCCUCCGUCCGGUCUGGAGGCUCCAGCCAGGUGUACUUCAUGACUCUGGGCCGAAGCAACCUGCUCAGCUGGUAGAGGUCCUCGCCCUGCCCCCCCCCCCCUCAUCGCCCUCCAACCCUUCGCCAACACUGGAUGUCAGACGCCCCCAAGAGUCAGAGAGACCUCACUGACGUUGUCAUUCAGUCUGGACCUCCCCCCCCCCGACAUACACGAGGGGAUGAUUAAUUAAUAUAUAAAUAAAGUAGAAAUAUAUCAAAUGUGAGUUUAAGAAGGGGGGGUACUUUAGUAGUAAGGGAGCCCCCCCCCCCCCCUUGCUACGGCAGUCUGUUGUGUUAAUACUGCAGUAUUGUGUGUAUUUGUACUUUAGUUUGACCUGCUGGUUGGAGGUUGAGGUCUAAACUCCCAGUGCAGGAGAGUAUGGGGGGGGGGGGGGGGUCAGAUGGAGGUCUGAUGGAUGUGACUCAACAGGUGGAGGUGUGUGUGUGUGUGUGUGUCGUAUUGUGUUGUUUCGACAGGUGCUUUAAAAAAAUAACAUAAAUAAACAAAGGGGGGGGGCUGAGGCAGGGGGUGUUUCUUUUGUUAUUUCUAUUAUUAUACCUUAAAGUGUAACUGUGGAGUAAAACAUGCACCUCCACCCUGUGUGAGUGUGUGUGUGUGUCUAAAAAAGGAGGCGACACGGGUGUGUACCAUAAAAAGAUCCCUGAAUCUUCCAGAUGGGGUCAUGUUUCUGCCCCCCCCCCCCACCCCCCCCCCCGACAUGGCCGCCUGAGCUGAACUGCUGUGAAUAGUAGAUAUAAUAGCUGAUGAAUUGGAGAAGGUUCGGAGUGUGUGUGUGUGCGUGGGUGUGUGUGCGUGUGCCUAUGUGUGUGUGUGUGUGUGUGUGCGUGCGUGCGUGUGUGUGUGUGUGCGCAUUAACUUUACAGAAUGUAGAGUGGUCCGACGCAUGAGACCAUCUUUUUCCUCGUCACGACUUAUCAGCCCCUUUAGCGUUUUUUCUUUUUUUGGGGGGGGGGUUGUGAGGACGGGAAUCCAACGUUACCAUGACAAGCCGUUCAGCGAAGAGUCUGGAGUUCUACUUCCUGCCGAUGUGCACGUUGUCCGUGCAUGUGAAAGACUGAGCAUCAUCCGCCUCCUUCAGGACUCUGACUUCCGUUUCCACGGCAACCCUUAAAGACAACGGCAGGUCACGACCCCCCCGCCACCCUCCCAGUAGUUAAGAACCACUUUGUUUUGGAGGAGGAAGAAGUGGCUUGAAGCUUUGCGUGGUUUCUGUUGUAGUUUCUGUAAGUCGACGUGUUGCUCCGCCCGCCUCAGGUGGAGGAAAUGUUUACACCGGCCAUGUUUUAAUGCAUCCAUUCGAUUCAUGUUCAACGCACAUUUCUUGUUUCUUAGCCCAUCAUUGGAUAUGCUUUAGUUUUUUCUUUGCCCCCCCCUCCCCCCCCUUCACUAAAUGACCUCCUUUAAGGAACAAUGAAGAACACGCGUGUGCUUCUUUCAGGUAUUCACAUAGGUCUGCUCCUCUCCAUGUGACAGGAAGUCCUGCAAGCUUUAUUUUUUGUUGUUUUUUUUUUCUUUGAAUAAAGUUUUAAAAAGUACUUUCAAAAGAA